AUGGCAACAGAAGGAGACAAAAACCUCCAGAUUGUCAUUGUGCCAGGUAAUGGGGCAGGUGAAGUCACAUGUGCCAACUGGUAUGGAUGGUUAGCGCGGAAAUUAAAAGAUGCUGGAAUUCGCUGCCAGCUUCAGAAUAUGCCAGAUCCAAUCACUGCUAAAGAGUCUAUCUGGUUGCCAUUCAUGGAAAAAGAGUUGGGCUGUGAUGAACAUACAAUCAUUGUUGGGCACAGUUCUGGAGCAGAAGCGGCCAUGCGAUAUGCAGAGACUCACAAGGUAUACGGGAUUGUUCUUGUCUCUCCAUGUGUCACUGACUUAGGGAUUGAAAAUGAAAGAGCUAGUGGGUAUUACAACCGACCAUGGGAAUGGCAGAAGAUCAAAUCCAACACAAAAUUCAUUGCUCAGUUUGGGUCAACUGAUGACCCAUUUAUUCCAUGGUCUGAACAGGAGGAGGUAGCCACUGGAUUGGAUUCAAAUCUGUUUAAGUUUAGCGAUAAAGGACAUUUUAUGCAGUUCCAAUUUCCAGAACUCUUGAAGUAUUUGUUGAGUGUGAUAAAGAAUAGAAGCUAA